ACGAAGCAAACGUGCCCAAACGUCAAACAAAUUCAAAGUGUUUCCAAAAAUAUGAACCGCUUUCGCGUCCUGGCUCGUUUACCUGCGUACACGAUCUGUACCCGUGCUGUGCGUAGCCACAUUUAAUUGGUUUGUGUUUUCUGAGAUUUUUACCCGUUUGAUUACGAUCACGCUUGCUUUUGUGGCAAGCGGCUUACCCAAGUAUCGCGUUCGCACUACCCGCUAAAUCAGCAUGCAUAAAGUCACAACGCCAACGAGAAGCUCGGUUUUUCGAAAAGAACCACCCGUCCAGAAGGACUACGACGGUAUGUCGUUGUCGUCGUCGUCGUCGGAUGAGGAUGGGUACCUGUCGCCGUUCAAUGGAUCAGACGAUGGAAGCGGCGUGAUGGAGGGCAGUUUGCUGGACGAGAUGCCCCCAUUCUCGGCCUGUUCGAUGUCCCCAUCGGCACGAUCACUGUCACCGAUCGAGCAGGAACCGUUUGAUUCACCGUUCUCGACACCGAAAUCCGGACGAAGCUAUUCGGGCUGCAGCACACCGAUGUACGGGACGCCACCGUUGGCGGCACAACAGCACCAUCUUGCAGCGAACAGUGGUGGUGGCCAACCAGCCGAAGGGUAUGUAACGCUGGACGAAAUACAUGCCCGGAUCGGAUUGACCCCACCGGAUGGGAAUGUAAGCCGAACCCGACUCAACCUGGAAACCAUCUUCGAGGGUGUGUUCCUGGAAACGCCACCAAAGAAAGAGUUCCAGCCAAAGGGAAAUCUGUUCCGCCGUUCGAUACGGAACCGGGCGUUGCUGUGUGAGCGGGCCGGCGAUCAGAAGGAAAACAUGACAUGAGAAGAUUGUUUGUACCACCGCGACGGUUAAGAGUUUUUUUUAUAGUGUAAUGUUUUGUUUAAAUAAUUUUGAUCCCGUAUUGAAACGAUUGCAAUAUGAUAAUUGCACUGGCGAGGGUUGAGCUUCUUCUGUGUGUGUGUGCAUGUAGGCUAAGCGUUAGUUAAAAGGAUCGGAUCGGAAGAAUACCACCAUGUGGGGUUCAGUUUUCAUUCCAAACCGUAGUUGUACACCCGUGAAAAUACUUUAAAAUAAGCUGCGAAACGUCGUGCCUUUUUUCGAGCGAAUCGGAACGCGAACCAAUAAAUAUCGCACAAUCCAAGUACGCAUCGAUCGAUGUGUAGCAAUACUACCUAGCACUUCCAUCGAAA